UUUAUUUUUUAAUUAAAAGAUUGCAGUCAUUAUUGCAUAAUUACAACUCACUUCCAAGGUAGUGCACGGUUUUAUAUAGAAAAUCGCGAUGGUCUUCAGAGCAUAAACUUGUGAGUAAAUAGUAAAUAUCAGAUUAAAUUUGCUGGUAUCUUAAUGCUCUACAUGGGAAACCGAACAUGCAAUGUAUCUAAAUGUCAUGAAUGAUGACUCUCUUCCAAACAAGGAACAGUUAGAUAAAAAAAUAAAGCGCUUAUUUGCGUCCAUAUGUUGCCAAGGAGGUCAAUUGGCCAAGAGAAUUCAACAUGUCGCGGUUACCUGUCGAGUUAGUUUUCACCUCGGAGCCCUCAGGCAAUACACUCAUAUUUAUGUUUUGGAUUAGGUGGAAUUUCCACGGUGAAAUAUCAAGUAUCAGCUAACACAAAGCCCUCUUACCGAAUUAUUACCGAAUGCUUUUCGAUUUUUAACCGCAAGUGCACAUGUAAUUUGAAUAUUUACCCACCAACUUUGCUCACCUCUCUGUAUUUCCUGUACAUUCUUUCAACUGUUGUUAAGCAACAAUGUAAUUCAUGAUUCACAUAGCCAAUUAAUCGAUUUAAGGCCGUUGCAGCCAAUAAGAGGCCUUGUUUUGACAGCUUUUGUUUUGUGAUGCGUCAAGAAUUUACCGAAAUAAAAAUAAUUUUUUUGAGUGAGCUAAUGGCCAACAAUUAUAUAUAUCUGACAACGGGGUAACUCAUUUCAUAGAGUGGUUUGAAAUUCUUCUUUCGUCAAGAUAUGUUUGGAAAGAUGUACUUGUAUUGUUAAACUACUCAAUUGCUCUCUGUUCCAUAUUUAUCCUGGCGGAAAAGCCAUUAACAUCUGUCAUUCGUCGUGUUGUAACGGUCCUCUCUCUUGGGAAUAGUGCUAUUUUGCCUAGACAAUCCAAACAGAAAAUCAAGAUCGCAGAAUGAAGAAAGUUAAAAAUUCCCAGCUGGAGGCUACACAGUGCCGCUUGUUCGCAAACUUGCCUGUUUUACGGCGGGCGAUAAUGUUUUCUUCACACUGACAUUUCAUAUCCUAGAAAGCCACUGAAGUGUCGAACUAUUUGGUUACAACUAAUUCUAUCACGUGACCUUUGCAUUUCAUACCGAACGCUGACCGAAGUUCUGAAUAUCAUUUCAGUUGAAUAAUCAACGAUUGAAGAGGGAAAUUUGCAGCGUAUUGUUAUUUCAGGUUCACUCGGGCCGUUGUAAGGAACGUUUCUGUGAGGAUUUGUUCGUGAACUUCAAAUCUUCAAAGCUAUUUUCGUCGUUCUAAGCGCCGAACGGUUUACUUUCCCGAGUCCAUUGUUGGUGACUGGCGAAUCGAGCUGCUAAUGGCGUCGUUUAGUAAACUCAAGGCUUAGAAUUCUACCCAAGGACCUAUGGAUGCGCCUAAAAUGUUCCAGAAAUCUUUAGAAAUUCUACGCAGGAUGUAAAGUGGCCUUCUUUUCCGGGUUUUGGGAGGAAAUGCACCAUGUAUGAUUCUCAAAGGACUUGUAUUCUUCGGAAUGCAUGCCAAUUUAAAACUGAACGAUUGCGGUUUUACGUUGCGAUAUUAUGGACAGCAUGUGUGUUUGGUCUUCAUCGUUGUUCCGUCAGUGCAUCGAUAACAAAUUAUAAUAAUUUCAAUGUUACUGAAGGACUUCCAAAGGGAACGUUUGUCGGCAGUAUAGCAAACCAGCAAUACGACAAUCUAAUUCACGUUUAUCCUCACGAUGACUUGAUUUUGGAUCCAAUCUCCAAGAACAUUACUACAAAAAUUGUUUUGGACCGCGAAAAGAUUUCGGUGUACAUUAUUGAUCUACUGAUCCAGAACCCAUUCGAAAUAAUAAGUAUUUUUAUAAAUGUCACUGACAUAAACGACAACAUUCCAACCUUUCCAAUGAGUGGUUACGAUUUUAAAUUUUACGAAGGAAACCCUGUUGUGGUGCGUGUCAGAGCAGCCGAUGACGAUCUUGGGUCAUAUGCGGUGCAGAACUAUAGUAUUGUCUCUGGAAAUACAGACAACAUGUUCGUUCUGACAGAAUACAUCGACACUGUCGGUCGUUUGAGAGCAAAAAUAGAAUUACAGCCUGGAAAACAGCUCGAUAGAGAACAGCGCGAUUUCUACAGUUUGACUGUGUCUGCUGCGGAUGGCGGUACACCGCCACAAACUGGCUUCGGCUUAGUCAAUAUUACUGUACUGGACUUGAACGAUAACGAUCCUGUUUUUAACCCAAAAAAAUACAAAGCUAACAUCACCGAAAACUCCAAAGCGUUCACACCGAUAGUGGAAGUGUACGCUACUGACAAAGAUAUUGGUAGGUACGGAAAAGUUGAGUAUGCCAUUAUUCAUGAUUCCAGUUCAGACCCCGACUCUCAUUUCAUAUUACAGACUACUGAGAGGGGGCUCAUUUUAAAUCAUGCAAUCCUCGAUCGCGAGAAACAAGAUAGUUAUUCGGUUCGUGUGCUAGCACACAAUCCAGGCUUACUUGGAUAUUACAAACAAGAUUCUGCCUACGUUACAAUCAAUGUUCUGGAUGAGAACGACAACUCGCCCGAGGUCACCUACACAUUUUAUCUAGACGAUGCUUAUCAAGUUUACGAGGAUGCUAGCGUUGGAACCGAAGUGGCACGCGUUUGGGUCACUGAUAAAGAUGCUGGUAAGAAUGGAGAAAUCGAGUCUGUGACAAUUCAAGGAGGAAAUGGACAUUUAAGAAUUGCCUAUGAUGCACAAAAUAAAGUCAACAUUAUUUCACUUGCUAAAGAAUUGGAUCGAGAAAAACAGCCAGCUUUUCCAGUUUAUAUUUAUGCUAAAGACAAAGGUGAUCCUCAACAAACCACACAGGAUGGAUUCAUCUUAAAUGUUGGAGACAUCAAUGAUAACCCUCCAAAAUUUGAUCAAGAUGUGUUUAUUGCUGUUGUGUCAGAGAAUGCUACCAUCGGCACAAGUGUUGUGGUAGCUCAUGCAACUGACAAAGACAUACGCUUAAAUGCAAAAUUAGUUUAUAAUAUCUCCUACACUCCACAAGCUGCUCCUUACAAAACUUGGUUCCAAAUUGAUCAAGCUACUGGAGAGAUUCGCACAGGUGCAAGGCUGGAUCGAGAAAAAUUUCCUAGACUGGAGUUCCUUGUGACUGUCACAGACUCAGGUGUACCCCCUUUAGGUGCAAACUGUACAGUCAUUGUGAACAUUACUGAUGCUAAUGAUAACAAUCCAGUCUUUACAAAGGCUGUGUACUCUUCAACAGUUAAUGAGAAUUCAGCCAAUAAUACCUCUGUUGUACAAGUUUUAGCAAAUGACAUUGAUAGUGGAAUUAAUGGUAUAGUGCAUUACUCCCUGGAGACUCAGCACAGGAGAGUUCCUUUUUCUAUAAAUCCAAACACUGGACUUCUUUCCACUUCAGGACAGAUUGACUUUGAAGCUCAGUCGCUGUACAUGUUUAAUGUUGUGGCAUCUGAUGGUGGAGGACGUUUUGAUAAAUCUAUUUUGAACAUUUCUGUUGUGGAUGAGAAUGACAACUAUCCAGUUAUAAACCCGACAACAUAUGAUGUGUCAGUCUAUGAAAACCUGACAAUUGAUGAUGUCAUUGCUACAGUUAUGGCCAAAGAUAAUGAUAGUGGCAUCCUCUCACAACUCAAUUUUGCUUUUUCAAACAGGAACAAUGAUGGUCUCUUUUUCAUCAAUUCAUCCACAGGAAUAAUUACUCUGAUUAAACCCCUUGAUCGAGAAACAAAGGACUUUCACCGACUUGAAGUCCAGGCUACGGAUGGUGGUGGUUUGAAAUCUAAAAACUCAGCAGUCAUACAAGUCACAGUUUUGGAUGUGAACGAUGAACCUCCUGUAUUUGAACCAAGUUCUUAUAAAUUCACCAUUUAUGAAAACUCUGAUGUCAACACACUGUUAGGUUCUGUGUAUGCUUCAAGUAAAGACUUGGGGACAAAUGCUGACAUUUACUAUUCAAUCAGUGGUGGUGACAUCUACAAUGUCUUUACAAUUAACUCAACUGGAACAAUAUUCACCCAAAACAAUAUUGACCAUGAAAGAAGUCCACAGUUGUUGCUUACUAUUCAGGCAAAGGAUGGUGGCACACCACCUCUCUAUGGCUUUGCAAAUGUUAGUGUAGCAGUGAAUGAUCUUAAUGAUAAUGCCCCUUCAUUUGAAAGCAGUGUUAUUGAUGUCAACAUUUUGGAAGACACCAAAGUUGGAGAAGUCUUCUACAAUGUUACUGCACAAGAUCCUGACAGUGGUUUGUUUGGUCGUGUAAGGUACACUUUUCUGUCCAACCCUAACAGUACCUUUCAGGUGAAUUCAAGCACAGGUGCAUUGACAGUGACUCACUCUAUCGACUUUGAAGGUCCAAGGUUGUAUUUUAUUAAAGUUUUGGCAGAAGAUGGUGGAUCCCCGCCUUUAAAUUCAACAGCUACCUUUAGAGUAACUGUCGUAGACGUAAAUGACCAUACUCCCAAAUUUUCCAACACGUCCUACUCUACACAUGUCGACGAACUUACUUCAGCUGGGACUAACAUCCUAAAUGUGUCGGCCACUGAUGCCGACUCGGGUAACAAUGCACGAAUCUCGUACAGCUUCCAGUCAGGUGUGGACACCAGUAUGUUUGGCUUAAGGUCCAAUGGAUGGCUCUACAUUACCAGACAGUUAGACAGAGAGCAACAAGAAGUUUAUCGGUUUACAGUGGUCGCCACAGACAAAGGACAUAUUCCCAAAAGUUCAACAGCUGAUGUGGUAGUGUACGUUGACGAUAUUAAUGACAACAAUCCCAAGUUUACUCAACAAUCGUACAUUUUCUCUGUGGAUGAGAACCAACCAAACAGAACAUUUGUCGGUCAGGUCCCUGCCUCAGACAAAGAUGCUGGUGCCAAUGCGAAAAUUUCGUACACUUUCGAGCCUCCAAGCCUCGAGUUUGCAAUUGAUCACAACACAGGCAUCAUAAGAACUAACCAAGUUUUAAAUCGAGAACAGCGUUCUUCGUACACUCUUACGGUGAAAGCGAACGACCACGGCGCGAGUCCAAGAACAGGUCAUGCUAGCGUGACUGUCACGGUUCAAGAUAUAAACGAUAACGCUCCCACCUUCAAGAAACCGUUUUACGAGAAAACUGUUUCAGAAGACAUCCCUGUGAACUCCCCUGUCCUAACUGUGGAAGCCUCUGAUCCGGACGCCGGCUCCAAUGGUAUGAUUACCUAUUUCUUUGCCAGUAAUCCCGGUGUGUUUACCAUAGAUGCUAGAACUGGUGUUAUCACUACUACAGCUCGGUUAGACCGUGAGAAACACGAUCGUUAUACUUUAAGCAUCGGGGCUAAAGACCACGGAAAUCCCAAUCAAUCCCACGUCGUGUUCGUCACGAUUCAUGUGCUCGAUGUGAACGACAACCCACCUCGCUUUGUAAACAACAGCAUCUUUGUAAAUAUACCCGAGAAACAGGCAAUCGGGACUGUCGUGACAACCGUGACAGCUAAAGAUAAGGAUACCGGAAACAACGGCAAAGUGCGUUACACCAUCGAUCAAGGAAACGGGGGAAAGGUGUUCGAAAUCAACGAAACUUCUGGUGUUAUCACUCUUCGCAAACUACUGGACUUCGAGAAAAAGAGCAAGUAUCAACUCAGGAUUGUAGCACGUGAUCGGGGUCAGAACAGUCAAAGCAGCUUCCUUUAUGUGACAGUGUACGUGCUCGAUUCGAACGACAACAGACCCACGUUUGAGAUGAACCCUGUGACCGUGCAGUUACGGGAAGGCGUACCUCUAAACUCUAACGUCACCACCAUUAAAGCUCAUGACUACGACUCGGGUCAGAACAGCUGGAUUCGAUAUUCAAUCGAUUCUCAGUCGCCAGGGCCCGCGAAGUUUAAAGUUGACCCGUCGACGGGCGUCGUUCAGACCAUCGGAAGAAUCGAUCGUGAGGCUGUCGACGAGUAUACUUUAAACAUCCGAGCCACCGAUCAAGCCUUUACGGAAUCCGAGCGUUUAUCGAGCACCUUGACGAUUUUCAUCAUCGUGAGCGACGUCAAUGAUAACAAGCCCAUUUUUGUGUCACCAAACGAGACGUUUGUGAUGGAAGACGAAGGCUUUCGCUACCCCAUCAUCACAAUCACCGCCAUUGAUGACGACCUAGGCAGCAAUGGUAAAGUGAAAUACAAAAUAGAGCACGAUGAGAAUGGAGAUAGCUUCAAAAAGUUUGCUCUGAAUGCGGACACCGGGCUGCUCGAGUUAUUGGGAACUUUGGACCACGAGACCAUGCCUAAGUAUGUUCUUAAUAUUUCUGUCACAGAUGGAGGUACUCCUCCCCAGUCCUCCUUCCAGCUUCUGACUGUUUUCGUUGUCGAUGUUAAUGAUAAUGCACCGGAAUUUAACCAGAGCUUGUUCCUUGGAAACGUGAGCGAAAACCAGCCCGUGGGUACCCCAGUGAUGGCGGUCAGCGCCUACGACCUCGAUAGUGGGGAAAACGGUGCUCUGACCUACAGCAUUCCCAGGGGAAAUGUGAAUCAAAAGUUCGCAAUCAAUGGGAGCAGUGGAGUGAUUUAUACACAUUCGACGCUGGAUCGCGAGGAAAAAGACGAAUACACCCUUACUGUUUACGCAAUGGACAAUGUGUAUCCUCGUCGUGUAGGAACCUGCACAGUCAAGAUUAAAGUUCUGGACGUGAACGACCACAGGCCCAUUUUCAUUCCCUCUCGUCUUAAUUUGACUGUUUUGGAGCACAGUCCCCCUUUCGAUUUUCACACCUUGAGAGCCCAAGACCCGGAUAUUGGACAGAAUGGUCGCCUACGCUACAUUAUCCAGCACGGUAAUGAAGAUGCGAAGUUUUCAGUCGGAGAGUUUACAGGUGUACUUUCGACAACAGCUGGGCUCGAUAGAGAAAGUAAAUCCCGCUACGAUUUAGUCAUAGAGGCAAGAAAUGUCGUCGUUCCGUUUUAUAACGCCAGCAUUUACGUGACAAUUUUUGUUGGCGACAAAAAUGACAACUCGCCAAAGUUUGUGAACAGUUCCUACAGCGUGAAUAUCCGGGAACUCACCAAAAUCGGCACUUCUAUUCUCCGCGUACAAGCCACUGACAGUGACUCAGGAAAGAAUGGAGAAAUCGCGUUUUCUCUAAGUAAUGAAGCGCUGGGUAUUUUUCGUAUCGAUUCCAAAACAGGAACUCUGUACACCUUGCAAGAAUUUGACUACGAUAUUAAGGCAGUUUACAACUUUCUCUGCCGGGCAACGGAUAAAGGAGUGGCACCCAGAGAGACAUCAGUUGGAGUGACGGUGUCAAUCAUCGAUGAGAAUAACCACGCCCCUGUGUUUGAUGUGAUACCUUACGAAGCUACUAUCUCAUCGGGUUCCUCUCCUCCACAAAAUGGCUUAGUGACAGUGCGCGCUAAAGACAAAGAUUCUAUCUCAAUAACCCAUAUGACCUAUAGGCUCGCUAACAGUUCGCACCCGUUCUUUCAACUGGAAAGUAACAGUGGAGUGGUGAGAGUUAAACAAGGUGUGUCUAGUAUACCCGAUAAAGUUUACGUUUUGAACAUUAUUGCUGAUGACGGCGGCAACCUGACCGGAAGAGGUAUUGUGGAGAUUACAGUUGGAAGCGUCUCGCCCAACCAACCAAUGUUCGUAAACAAUACGCCAGCGUUCGUUUCCCUCCCCGAGAACAGCCCGAAGAGUCGCGAAGUGGCCCGAGUACUGGCAAAUCGAUCGAACGAUGUGGUGUACAGCAUUGUCGAUGGUAAUAGCGGUAACGCUUUCCUUAUCAACUCCCAGACCGGCAUUGUGACAGUGCAGAACCCGGCCCAGCUCGACUUCGAAAGAUUGCGUGAUUUCCGCCUUCGCAUCAUUGUGUCACGAAAGAGUCAACCGUCAAGAAAUGAUUACUUAACACUUUACGUGAACCUAACAGAUGUAAACGACAACAAGCCAGUCUUUUAUCCCGCAAAUAUUUCGGUUCAAUUGUUAGAGGAUGAUGGAUUACAGUCCAGCAGUUUUACAUCAAGGUCUGUUGCUAGCCUUACUACAACAGACAAGGAUUCUGGGAAAAACCAGGAAGUGACCUACAAGAUCAUUUUUGGGAACGUGGAUGAUAAGUUUGGCAUUGAUGCACAGCUUGGUGUACUUACUACCAAAGGCUUUCUUGAUCGCGAAAAGCACGCAGUUUACGAUUUGGUUGUCAACGCGACAGACAAGGGAACUCCCUCUAGAUCCAGCGUAAGCCACGUGGUUGUCAACAUUGUCGAUGUCAACGAUAACAUCCCAGCAUUCUCAGGGCCAUAUUUAGUGGAUGUUAAAGAAGACCUAAGGGUCGGGUCCCUCGUGAAGCGCGUGGUUGCCACUGACAAGGACAAACAUCCAAAGUUGAUGUAUUCUUUUGGCAACGACAAGACUAGUUAUGAUGUGUUUCGCAUCGAUCAGCUAACAGGAGAUAUUACCUUGUUGGAGUCCCUAGAUUAUGAGCGUAACACAUCAUACGAGCUCAAUGUGACUUGCAGCGAUGGCCGUUACAAGUCCCACACCACAGUGACUGUUAAUGUAAAAGAUGUGAACGACAAUGCUCCUAAGUUCUUAGAAAGCUCCUAUCAAGCGACAUUGUCGGAGGAAACAGCUCAAGGUACGUCCAUCUUAAAAGUCAGCGCUGAAGACAGAGACGAUGGCUCCAACAGAGAACUUACAUACGCGUUCGUGACCUCUCUCGACGUGUUCCGUCUAAACGCCACCUCCGGUGUUAUCUACACGGCGAAAAAGAUCGAAACUAGUAAUCGAGAUUCGCUUUACUUCGUCGUGGUUUCAGCCACAGACCGAGGGGUGCCUCAACAGCGUGCUUUCGUAACGGUGCAGAUCCGAAUCAACCGAAAACCAAUAUUCAAGGAGCCGGUCUAUAGGGCGAGCAUUGCCGAAGGCACUUCACCGGGCACUACGGUUCUGACAGUCUCUGCCGCCGAUGAUUCAGGAAUGAAUGUGGCCAAGAUAAGUUACAAGUUUAAAUUUGGAAACUCGGAAGGGCUCUUCCGGAUCGGACUCCGAAAUGGAAUCAUCAAAGUGAACAAAUUUGGCUUGGAUUAUGAAUCGGAAAAGAAUUACUUAAUGGGUGUUGAAGCGCUGGAUGAAAGCACAAAUAAUAGUGUCGUGGUGGAGGUGAACAUUACUAUCACUGAUGUUAAUGACAAUCCGCCAGUCUUUGAUCCGACGGAAUAUGUUAAAGAAGUCUACGAAAAUAUAUCGAUUGGAACGACUAUUCUUCGAGUAAAUGCGACGGAUAAAGACUCUGGAACCAAUGGACGGCUGGUGUUUUCCAUCCUUUCAGGAAACGACAAGCAGUCCUUUAGAAUUAACAGUAGGACUGGCGAAAUUGUUACGAUUAAAAGUUUGGACCACGAGAGCAUCAAGGAACAUAUGCUGUCGAUACAAGCCAGUGAUGAAGGUUCCAAACCAGAGACAAUGCUUGCAUCUGUGCGUAUCAAGGUAGGCGACGUGAACGAUAAUAAACCCGAAUUCCACAUACUGCAUCCCGAAGAAGUCGGAGUGGAAGAAAAUUCCCCCGUCGGAACAUUAGUUUACGAACUUAUUGCGAGAGACAGAGAUUCAGGUAACAACAAAGUCGUUGUUUACAGCAUCAUUGGAGGGAGUGGACAAGGCCUGUUUAUCAUCGAUAGUGGCAGUGGGGAGCUUAGAACUAACGCCACUUUUGAUUACGAAGCUCGUAAUCUUUACUGGCUACUGGUCAAAGCUGUGGAUAAAGGAAAACCUCCUCUGGAUAAUACGGUAAACUUAACAGUGAACAUCAAGAGCAUGGACGAAUUUGAACCCAUAUUUGAAAAUUCGAGCUAUGAGUUCGAAGAAGUUCCUGGAAACGCUAAAAUUGGUUACGUUGUGGGCCAGGUUGCAGCAUCAGACGAAGAUGGCGGUGAAGAUGGGCGCCUGCGUUACUCCUUCGACUUCGUCAGUGAAGAUGGGUUUGCGAUCAAUGAAACCACUGGAAUUAUCUUCGUCAACAAGUCGCUUAGUGAAGUGAGCAGCAAACGGAGAAAACGAAAGAGUGUUGAAGAAACCGAUGACGUAUCGAUCGAGUCACGGAGGGUUCGUAGAGAGAUCGACGUGACAAAGGUUAAGCUUCGCGUGCAAGCAGAUAGUGGCCAGCCAAAGUCGUUCAAGGGGCUCGCAUCGGUAGAGUUCGGAAUUGAUUUUGCUUGCGCCGGAUGUGCAUCUACGGGACAAAGAGGUAAUGGCGAUGACGAGGGAAUCUCCAAAAAUACCUACAUUAUUAUUGGCUUAGCAAUCUUGGUAUUGGUAAUUUUGAUUGCUUUCAUCGUCAUGGCUGCCAUUAUUUUACGGAAAAGGAAGAAUAAAAGAGGUCGUCAGCAUCCUCCGUUGCGUUAUGAUGGUUCAUUCGAUGAGAUUACGGUAUAUUCAGCUCCAAAUGGAAAUAUCAACCACGUGGAUUCAUCCAUAGAAAAUGUUUCAACGCCUCGCGGUGUCUCUCAGGAAGGUUCGCCACUGAACGGCCCGAGUGACUCGCCGGCUUGUGGAACCGACUCUUCGGAUACGCCAAAUAGCGCGUCGAGCGGCCGAGGGUCUUCCGAAGGCGUUGAUUUUGAAGACAGGCGUCACCCGGUGAUCGUAAACGGAGAUAUUGGAAGUCUGCACUCCGAAAAUUAUGUCAAAACUGUUGUGGGACCUGACUCGGGAAUUCAACAGGAUUCUGAUCAAGUUUCUCAACUCACGAUCAGCGACGCAAGUAGCAUGAUGCAAGGGGAAGGUCUGACGAUCGACAAACACUCGGACAAGAUCGAAAAGUUGCUGGCGCGGCUCGGAAGUCAAGAAAGUCUCCACGUUUUUGGCGAGGAAGGAGGCGGAGAGGCCGACGGCGGAGUUGAUGUCAGCAAUUUGCUUUACGCAAAGCUGGCAGAAGUUGAUGCCGACGAAGAUGAAUCGAUUAUUGACGGGAUGCGACCGUUUGUUGAAGAAGGACACGAUCAUCCUUCCUACGGUGGAUCGUUGAGCUCGAUUGUGGGCAGUCGGGAAGAGUUGACAGGAAGCUACAACUGGGAUUACCUCCUGGACUGGGGCCCGCAGUUCCAGCCGUUGGCGGAUGUUUUUCUUGAAAUUGGAAAAAUGAAGGACGAUGCGCCUCCAAAGAAAACUUUGAGUUUAAGCUUGCCUUCGAGUCGUGAUUCCAGAAACCCACAAGCAGGAGUGGUUACAACAGACAUGCUUUCUUCGGUGUCUUCACUCCCACGUUCACCCAUUAGUCCUCCUUCCACACGGUACACUUCCCCUGCAUUCUCGCCGAACUUUACUCCAGCUAUUACACCCCUAGUAACUCGUUCUCCUUCAGUUUCGCCUUUGGACACAGGAGCAUCAACCCCGGCGUUUUCUCCCACGGGGACCACGCCUAAGUCCGGGUCGCGGCCGUCUUCGAUGCACGUACCUGUACUGCACUUACGCAGAGACUCGCACGAUGGAUCGAACUCAGACUUAACUCAUUCGCCGUCCAUAUCAGACAAUGAAUCUAAUUUAGAAAUCGAUGUAUAACGAAUAUAUUUUGUAAAGAUGGCGCAUUAUAACCUUGCGCUCUAAAAGGCUUCUCUUCCAAUUUGGUCGUCUUAUGUUUUUUUUUACAGUGAAGGAAAUUCAAAUUAAUAUCCUCGUUUUUAUUCUUAUGGAGAACUUUUUAUGAUUGAACCUGACAGUGAUUUAAAGAGCUGUUUGAUGCGAGAAAUCGUUGUGUGUUUAAAAGUUUCAGCAGACAUUUACUUCUGUAGGUUUUGCGGUAGAUUCACCCUACAAAAGAUUUCAUAUCGUAUAAUAUAUCAUGCAGAGUUUUUUCUAUUUUUGUACAGAAGACAUUCUGCGCAGUUUUUUUUUAAAGAAAAUUUCCUUUAAUGUCUAUAAUUAUGGAGCGAUUCAGAGUACUAUAAAUUUAAGGAAACAACGCGUGCAAGUAAGAGGUUGUUUUAACUUUAGCCUCCUAAAAUAGGAAGGUUUAUCCAUGAAUAAUAGAACGAUUUUGUACAAGGAAA